UGGGCACUGCUCGAGUCGCCGUUCAAGCAGCGUCAGGCCGUGGUCUUUCCAAGCUACAUUCUCUACGACCAGACGUCAUUGUCGCUCUUGUACGACGUGGACGCGGCGCGGCUUCCGUCUAAAAAGUCGUUCAUUUCGUUUGGAAGCAACUCCAAGGGCAGCAAUCUCUCGGCGUCCGACAGCCUCGAGACCGACGUGAUCCAUGCCUCGCUGCAGUCCCUCGCCAAAGAAGCCGUGCUGGACGAGGCCGCCGGGCGAUUGCCGUACAUGGUCUCGGGGACAAGCGACGUCAACAUUCGCUUGGACAAGACCAAGUCCCUCCGCACCUCGAGCUCGCUCGUCCGCCUCGACGCCAUUAGCGACUCGGUGCAGAAUUGCCACCGGCUCUUUAGCGACCUCACGCGCGAGUGGCAUGACAUUGGCGCGCUCUCGCGGGACGCCGACCACCGCACCAAGAUCAUCACGUUCGUGCCGCGCUACAUGGUGCUCAACAAGACGCCGUACGCACUCUUGCUCUGCCCGUCGACGCUCUUGAAGGAGAAAGACCUCACGCGGCUCCCGACGCUCGAUGCUUCGUCGACGCCGCCGCCCAACCUCGUCGGGAGUCGGCAGUACGAACCAAAGCGGGACAGCUUCUCGACGUUCCAUUGGUCGACGAUGAGCGACCCGACCGACCCGUGCGUCCGCGUUCGCCCGGCCGAUGCGUCGGGCUGGAAGUGGUCCGGCAAGUUCUCGCUUCACGACGUGGGGGAGACGGCGCUCAACGCGGUGAACCGGGUCACGGGCGAGAUCCACAUCGUGCGCGUCCAGAUCCGCGUCUACCGGGGCACGCAAAUCUACGUGGUUUUCUCCCACGAGUCGAGUGCGCCCUUGUACCGCAUCGUCAACCUCUCGGACGACGUCGUCCACUUCCACCAGCACGUCCUUCUGGAGGCCAACGUGACGGCAAAACCCACGAUGCGCCGCCUCUUGCCCAAAGACGACCUCUGUUUCGGGUGGGACGAGCCGUACUUUGUCGACGAACGCACCUUGGCGCUGAGCUUUCCCAACGCCGUGAGCUGCCAAGUCCACGUCGAUCGCAUCGCGGACGAUGUGCAGCACGUCGAGCUGAACGGCGCCAAGGUCUUUCUUCAAGUCGUGCUGGACGGUCUCACCAAAGUGCUCUACAUCCAAGCCAAUGCGCCGUCCCCACGCGACGAGCUCUUGCGGAAUAAGAAGCCGCCGCUGCUUCGCCACGCACGCUACAUUGUCGACUGCGUCCUCCCGCACACCGUUUUGUCGCUCAUUGACGGCGCGCCUGCCGAGCUACUCGUGCUCACCGUCACCAACGUCAUGGUCAUUGGCGGUCUCACGCCCGACGACAACGAAGUCGAGCUCACGAUCGAGCGCGUCCAGAUCGACAACCAGACGCCCAACGCCAUGUUCCCAGUCGUCUUUGCUCCGUCGUCAUCCCCGAGCCCCACGACCGACGACGAGGGCAAGACGGAGCCCGCACCGUUUGUGCAUCUCUCGCUCAUUCGGCUUUUUUACAGCGCGGACAUUGAGUUUUUCAAGUACUUUUCAGCGCUCAUGCAGCCCGCGACGCUCCAGCUCGAUGCGUCCAUCUUGCUCUCGAUCGCGCAGCUCGUGGGCGACGGCGUCAACGUCGUGCAGAGCUAUUUCCCGCACUGGUUUGUCACCGACCACACGCUCGCGUUCGUCGAGAAGCUCCACGCCAAGAGCGAGCCGCGCGUCUACUUCGAAACGCUGCAGCUGCACCCGCUCAAGCUCUGCGUCACGUUCACCCAGAGCACCCUGUCCCGCCAAGCCAAGGAGACCGUCAUGGCCGUCGUUCCGCUCAUGUUUCGCGUGCUCCAGACCAACUUGGCCAACAUCGACAAUGCAUCGCUGCAUCUCAACGCGCUC